AUGCAAAAAAUUCUGUUUACAAUCAUUUUUUUACUGAUCAUAUCAGUUCAUCGAUCAGAACAGCAAGGCCAAAAUGCCAUCCAUACAUUAUUUGGUGAUAGAAAUAAAACUGAUGUUGUUUAUUACGGAUAUGUUGAUUUGGAUAAAUCUGAAUAUACUAUAUUAAAUACAUUAAAUGUUGACGAUGUUGGGAAUCCUCGUCAACGAAAAUAUCAAAUUUUACCGCUGACUUACGAUCCUACAAAUGAUAUUGCAUUUAUGGCAGCACCGAAUAAUCAAAAUCAAACCAUAUUAAGUGUACUGAAUGCAACCACUGGUGUUCUUUUACACGCAUUCAGUUCAAUUCCUAAUCGAAUUAUUUCUCUUCAAUAUGAUAUAUUUAAUAAAAAAUUGUUUGCCCAUACUGAAGCAAAUGUUGACAAUGUAACACACAUUGUAGAAAUCGACACAAAUACUGGAAGUUUUAAACAAAUUUUAGGUGAAAUAUCUGGAGCUAAACCAACUGAUAUAUGCAGUUAUUGUCCAAUUUGCAGAAAAUAUUUUUUUGUCAUGAUCGAAAAUGACCAUUUUACAUAUCUGGCUGUUAAUACUACUGAUGGCGGUGGAAUUAGUUGGCGAGUACCAAUAAAUUUUGCUCCUCUUAAUAUCAGAUUUAAUUAUAAAACAUUUAUAAUGUAUGCUGCUUUUGUAAAUCAAACAGAUCGAAUAACUUCACAAAUUGGAAUACUAGAUAGAACAGUAGGUGGCAUUAGUAAAGUUGUUGGAACUAUAUCUAGCCGAGAAAAUUUAUUAGUCACUCGAUUUUCGGCUUUUGACAUAGCUACAAGCACAUAUUAUAUAUCGGAUGUAAUGAGAAUUCCCUUUUCGCGUGGAAUAUCAUCACUUAAUGUCAACACCUCAGAAACAAAGCGAGUUACUUUACCAGAGAAUAAUUACAAUUCCUAUGCAUGGUUUAUUAAACAAUUCGUUCAAUAA